GCUGUCGGCACAUUUUGUUAAUCAAAUGGACGAAUAAUCAAUCCCAAAAAUUUUUGCAAAUGGCCUCCCUGUAGUCUCUGUUUUGACACUUAUAAGUAGCAAAGAUCUUCCGUAUAGAAAGAACAUUGAGCUCAAUAAUCUGCAUUCAAACUUGAGCAACUUGUGAGAGACACAGAAAAAAAAAAAAAAAAAAUCAACAAGCUUACAUUUCUGGGCUUGCAUCAAAAUGGCAAUGCUGAUGAGAAUACUUGUGAUUGCAACAGCAGCAGCAGCAGCUAUGUUUUCCAACGUCGCCGUGGCGGCGAACUACAAAGUCGGAUCACCGGGCGGUGGAUGGGAUCUAACAACCUCUUUACAGGCAUGGGCUAAUGGCAUUACAUUUGUGCAAGGAGAUUCUAUAAAUUUUGUGUAUACACAAAGCCAUAGUGUUCUUGAAGUUACAAAGCCGGAUUAUGAUGCUUGCCGGACUAAUGAAUCAAUCUCGUCGGAUAAUAGUGGGGACACUACUCUUCCCCUGAAUUCAGUUGGGGACAGAUACUUCAUCUGUGGAACACCAACUCACUGUGACAGAGGAAUGAAAGUUGUCAUCACCACCACCGCCGCCCCGCCACCGCCGCCAGGUGCUGCUACUGCUCCAUCUACAACUCCUCCGGCAGUCACCACUCCUCCGUCAACAACUCCCACAGGUUCUCCCACGGUAUCUCCUCCGGUCGUCGCCCCUGUUGAAUCUCCCAAAAAUUCUCCUAAGAUAUCACCCUCCAAGGCCCCUGUUAGGAGCCCGGCGAAAAGCCCGGCAUCAUCGCCUCCGGCUCGGGCUCAGGGGCCGGCGUCGGAGUCACCUGAAACUCCUCCUUCAGGUUCUGCCACGCCACCCUCAUCAGCAAACAAAAUCAAUAUGGUCAAUGGGAUCACAACUGGAGUUGCUUUUAUCCUUCUCAUGCUAUUCACACACUAAAAAUUGUUAAAAGAUUUAUCUGCAGAAAGAACAUUGAUUUGUUGUGACAGCUGAUUUUUUUUUUUGCUCUCAUCUCCAUUUUUUGUAUGAAUACAUUCUUUUUUCCAUUGGUUGGGUUUGUGUUAUUAGAAAAAAUGUUUUACUCUGCUUCAAACUUUUCUAAUUACAUUUUACAGCCAAUAAUUCAGUUUAUAGUUUACCGGGUGCAUAUAAUGUACUCCCCGUCCCCGAAAUUAUGAUUUGCC